CGCGCCUGCCAAGAUACGCUAGUGGCUGCGAAUCUUUAAGUUUUCGAGAGCUUCCGUCGCCGCAACAACUCCACCGCCAUUUCGACGGCGACCCUACAGCCGACCCUGAAAGCCUCCAGCUACCUCUACGGCCUACACUCGCUACACUAUCAGGCGCAAUCAUGUCUGGACCCGGAGCCCGCCAUUGGGAACAGAACAAGGAAGCCACCGUCUACGUCGGCAAUAUUCACGAAGAUGUCACCCAGCAACUUCUCACCGAGCUCAUGAACCACCAUGGCCGCGUCCGCACCAUCAACAUGCCUGUCGACCGCGUCAACGGCAAGCACCAAGGCUUCGGCUUCGUCGAGUUCGCAACCGAGCAGGACGCCGAGUACGUCAUCCAGAUCCUCAACUCCACCCGCCUCUAUGGCCAGCCGAUCCGCAUGAACAAGGCCUCCGCCGACAAGCAGAAGAGCGUCGAGAUUGGCGCGGAGCUCUUCAUCGGCAACCUGGACGCUAUGGUCGACGAGAAGGCGCUCUACGACACGUUUGGCCGCUUUGGACCGCUUGUCAAUCCGCCGAAGGUCGCUCGUGAUGACGUCGGUAUCUCUAAGGGCUAUGGGUUCGUCUCUUUUGCCGACUUCGACGCCUCGGAUGCCGCCAUCGCGAAUAUGCACGGCCAGUACAUGAUGAACAAGCAGAUCUCGGUCCAGUACGCCUACAAGAAGGACGGCAAGGGCGAGCGUCAUGGCGACGAGGCGGAGCGUAUGCUCGCGAAGCAGGCUAAGGCUCACGGUGUUGCUCCGGCGGUGCAGCCCCUCCCAGCUCAUCUCUUCCAGCCAGCACCAGCUCCCGCUCCUCCCAUGGGACGGGGCGUUCCUGGCGCUCCGAACGGACCGGCCAGUUAUGGAGGUCCGCCACGUCCUGCCCCACCAGCGUCCUUGCCUCCGCCGCCAUCGGGUCUCCCUGCUCGGCCACCGAGCGGUGCCCCCGCCAACUUCUACCCACCACCCGCUGGCUUCGGUGGACCGGUACCGCCGCCACCCGGCUUCAACCAGCCACCACCGGGGUUCGGCCAGCGGUAGAUAGUCACUUAGGUACACCUUCAUAUGCAUAGGGAUGGCGUCUGGUGUCAGGUAGAUACCCAAUGAAAACAUCUUCUUCUC